AUGAAGUCUUUCCCCUGGAGCCUCUUGUACUGUGCUUCCCUGCUGCUGUCUGAUGUACUGGGCACAUAUCACCUCAAUGCAGGAGAUCCUCACCUGAUAGCUGCACAAAGCUACGCUCAAACCAGGAAUAAUGGUCGACCACCACUCAGGACCCUGAAUCCAGCAAAGACAGACUCUCAGUGCAGGAGCCGUCCCCUGGACCUGGUCUUCAUCAUCGACAGCUCUCGCAGCGUGCGUCCUGGUGAGUUUGAGAAGGUCAAGAUCUUCCUGGCCGACAUGGUCGACACUUUGGUCGUGGGCUCAGAGGCCACCAGAGUGGCUGUGGUCAACUACGCCAGCACGGUCAAGAUCGAGUUCUUGCUCAAAGACCACUUCAACAAGCCAGACAUGAAGAAAGCCAUCUCCCGCAUCGAGCCCUUGGCGGCUGGCACCAUGACCGGCCUCGCCAUCAAAACUGCCGUGAACGAAGCUUUCACUGAGCAGUCUGGAGCCCGACCUCGCUCAAGGAACAUCUCCAAGGUGGCCAUCAUUGUGACGGACGGGAGACCUCAAGACCAGGUGGAGGAAGUGUCUGCAACAGCCCGGGCCUCAGGCAUCGAGAUCUACGCUGUUGGGGUGGACCGUGCAGACAUGCGCUCCCUGCAGCUGAUGGCCAGCAUCCCUCUGGAGGACCACGUCUUCUAUGUGGAGACGUACGGCGUUAUUGAGAAGCUCACCUCCAAGUUCAGGGAGACCCUGUGCGGUCUGGACCCCUGUGCCAUUGGACAUGACUGCGAACACAUAUGUGUCAACAGCAACGCCUCCUAUUACUGCAAGUGCCGGAAUGGUUAUAUCUUGAACGCGGACAAGAAAACAUGUUCCCUGAAACAGGUGAAGGUGGAGGUGGUGGAGGAUCCCUGUAAAUGUGAAGCCAGACUGGCUUUCCAGAAGCAGACGCAGGCGGCCAUCCAGCAGCUCACAGCCAAGCUAGCCGAUGUGUCUGGGAGAAUAGAGCGUCUGGAGAACAUGGUGGGCCGUGCUUAAAGCUGGACACAGUGAGGCAGCUAACCGGUUUGUUUCCUGUCAGCAGCAGAGCCAUGGACUUACUGCAACAUAGACAUCUGCUUCCUGUCAUCUGCCUCCACCCAUAACUACUGCACGUACUUCAACCACAGGCCAAGUGAAGCUGUGAUUCAUACACCAGUAUCCCUCAAAUUACUGACUGCUGCAACAAUAUCCACAGUUGAUCUGGGAUUUUUUUAUGAACAGUGAAUGCAAUGUUUUGAAACUGCUGUAAAAGCUACUUAUAAUAUUUUUUCUUAACACUAAUAUGAUCAUGGUGUGAUGUUAAAUAACCAAAGAAAAUGAGUACUAUUUUCAUUGUUAUCCUGUACUGUAUUACGUAUGUCUUGUGUCCAGUUUGUACAAAGAUGCAUAUUGUAUAUAGUAGUUAUUUGUGAAAAUGUCUCAUUGGAUUUAUGAAGUGAUUUGAU